GGAUCAGUCAUCCGCCGCGAUAGCAUCAACUCCACCACUCCAUGACAUCCAUCGUCCCGUCCCAACGCCUAUUUCUCGCAGACGGGUAUCAAUCUCAUGUCCCAUGAUGUCGACCUGCAACAGGAAAUUUUGCAAAGAACGUUGCAAGAGGUAGCGCACGAGGAAGGCGACAAUGAAGCCAAUCCGUGCGUGAUCUGUCUCGAACCGGUCUCCGAAGCCGCCGUCGCGGUGCCGUGUCGACAUGCAAAUUUCGAUUUCUUGUGUUUGGUGAGCUGGUUGGAACUGAGGAGGAAUUGUCCGCUUUGCAAGAGUGAAGUCACCUCCGUGAGAUAUGAUCUCGAAAACCCCAAUGGGCAUAAAGUAUACCAACUCCCAGUAGCGAGUGCAACAGCAUCCUCGUCCUCUCAUCCACCAGAGGCCUCGUUCCACCGUGCCCCUCGUCGGCCGCGGCGUCCCCGCCCACAACAACCGCCGCACCCAGCGCAAACUUCCGACGACCCCCUUCGUCGCCGCCAGCACAUCUACCGACACCAACUAUACUCCCUGCGAGUGGGAUCCAAUCGCCUCUCGCAGUAUCGCGAGCUAACACCCGAACGGUUCAACCGCGAGGAAGAGCUCGUCUCCCGGGCCCGAAAAUGGAUCCGACGGGAACUGAAAGUCUUUGAGUUCCUCAACCCCGAAACUGAGGAGCCCGCCUCUGGUCGGGUGGCGCGUGCCGGCCCGCAAAGACUCGAGAACCGCCGGGGGAAUAAUGCGGAAUUUCUCCUCGAGUAUAUCAUUGCGAUUCUGCGCACCGUGGAUAUCAAAGGCAGCGCAGGACAGGCGGAGGAACUCUUGCGCGACUUCAUCGGGAGGGGAAAUGCGCGCUUAUUUCUGCACGAGUUGCAGGCGUGGUUGAGAAGUCCGUAUUCGUCGCUGGAGGAUUGGGAUCGUAAUGUCCAAUAUGAGGAUGUUGGGGCGACUGGGGAGCCCGAUCGGACGUCUACGCCGGUGUAUCGGGGACGUGGCAGAGUGUCCAAGCCUUAUACCCGGCGGGGGCAGCAUCAGAGAUCGUCUCGUGAUGCAUUGGCCCAGGCUAGACGGGUGCAAUAUGCACGGGACCGGUAUAUUCCCGAUUGAAUAAGCUACUUGGUGGUGGCUGCCAUGAUGGUGCAUGUAUAUAAGAGAUAGACGACGGGUU